AUGGACUGUGAAUGGAUCACUGCAGCCAUUAAUCUUUUAGGACUGAACAGAGGAUCUUGUGAAAUCACGACGAAACGUGAACAAAAAGAGAAAUUGAGGAGUUACUCCCUUGCGAAGCUUCUCAGGUUCAAAAGCGGAGAAACGCGCAUCCUUGUAGCAACAUCAGUUGCAGACGAAGGUCUUGAUGUCGCAGAGUGUAACCUUGUGAUUAAGUACAAUUACGUCAGUAACGAGAUUGCACAUGUCCAACGCAGAGGUCGUGGACGAGCUGAGAACUCGCGAAGUAUUUUGUUAACUCAAAAUCUUAAGUUGAAGGAACAAGAAGAAAAAAAUGUCCUCAAGGAGCGCCUGAUGAAUCAAGUUCUAUGUGCCAUUGAAGAGAAUCGAAUCAACCUUGUUGAUCGUGUAAGAAAUAUAACGCGUGGGCUUGAUCAGUCACGAAUGUGCUAG